AUGGACACCAAAAGCAAUGUCAGUGUUAAUACUACAGAAAUCCCGACCAAUAUAACAGUAACAACCGACUUAUCUACAUUGAGAAAUGAGGAAGAUUCAAUUACGAUGUCAAUUUGGCACACAUUGCGGUUUCUGUCAAAGUUUAUCGGAAUUCUACCAUUCAAAAUGACCUAUUACCUUAUAAAAGUUGUAAUGGAGUCUGAAAGAGGAGUAAAUAUUGACAUAGUAUCGAGAAUAUUCAUGAGAGAAAGUACGAAGCUGAUCGACGAGAAUAUAUGCCAAUAUGUUCUCAAUCCGAUUUUUGAGUUUAUAUACAAAUUUGAAGGUAAUGGGAUAAGUCUGAUAAAUUACUCAGUACCUAAUGAUGACCUUGAGCAGAUAUCUGGAGGUAUAUUUGAUAAGCCAUUUGUGAAGAGCACACGAACCCAAAGCAAAUUCUUUUGGAAACGUCAAAUUAAUCCUCACACUUUUAACCCAGAGAUCGACCCAAUUUUGAUAUACUACCAUGGUGGUGGCUAUGCUUUGCAGUUGACACCAACCACUCUAAGUUUUUUAACAAACACAGGUAAGUAUUUCCCUGACAUGCCAAUACUUAUUUCUGAUUAUGCUACCACAGCAUCAAAACUAGAUAGUAACAAGUAUCCUAGACAACUCUUGGAUAUUUUGGCUGUUUACGACUACGUUACUCAAUCAUUAGGCUGCAAAAAUGUCAUUGUAAUGGGCGAUUCAGCUGGUGGAAACGCCGUGCUGGUACUGUUAUUAUACUUACACAAGCACAAUAGGCCACUUUUACCUAGAAAGGCAAUACCAAUUAGUCCUUGGCUAAAUACAACUUAUAUCGGCGAGCAAGAAAGAACAUAUAUGAAGCAGAGCGAAAAAUGGGAUGGGAUCUGUACAAAAGGAUCUGAAAUGUUUGGAGAUCUAUAUAUUCCAAAAAUACUUAGAGAAAGUGGGUACAAUCCUGACAAUGAUGAAUAUAUUAAUAUAGAGCAUAAUUUCGAUGCUGAGACUUGGAACUUAAUAACUGAAAAGUGUGACUUGUUGGUGACAUACGGUGACGACGAAAUUCUAAGCUAUCAAAUCAAACUAUUUGUCGAUAAAUUAAUUGAAUGUAAUCCCAAGAGAUAUAAUAAUGUCGAAAAUGUACUUGCACAUUUCCAGGGCUGUCACACUGGCCCAAUCCUAGCCUGGGAUGGUAAUGUUGAAUCAUGGUCAAAGCAAACCAUGAUUAAACCUAUUUUAGAUUUCAUUGAUAAGGCAUAG